AUGCUAUUCUUAUCUAUCUAUCUAUCUAUCUAUCUAUCUAUCUAUCUAUCUAUCUAUCUAUCUAUCAUUUCUAUCUAUCUAUCUAUCUAUCUAUCUAUUUCAGCCAGCCAUUAUUUUGUUUCUAUCUAUCUAUCUAUCUAUCUAUCUAUCUAUCUAUCUAUCUCUAUGUCUAAUCAUUAUAUAUCUAUCUCUCUAUAUGUCUAUCUAUCUAUCUUCGUCUAUCUAUCUAUCUCUCUAUGUCUAAUUAUCUAUCUAUCUAUCUAUCUAUCUAUCUAUCUAUCUAUCUAUCUAUGCCUAAUCAUUAUCUAUCUAUCUAUCUAUCUAUCUAUGCCUAAUCAUUAUCUAUGUCUAAUCAUUAUCUAUCUAUCUAAUUAUCUAUCUAUGUGUAAUCAUUAUCUAUCUAUCUGUUUCUUCGCCUAUCUAUCUAUCUAUCUAUCUAUCUAUCUAUCUAUCUAUUUUUGUUCGCCUAUCUAUCUAUCUAUCUAUCUAUCUAUCUAUCUAUUUAUCUAUGCCUAA